CGCCCGGGGGGGCCGGCCCGGUCCCGGUGGCGGCGGGCGGUGGCGGGGGCCAUGGCCAAGGCCUACGACCACCUCUUCAAGCUGCUGCUGAUCGGGGACAGCGGCGUGGGCAAGACCUGCCUCGUCAUCCGCUUCGCCGAGGACAACUUCAGCAGCACCUACAUCUCCACCAUCGGGAUCGACUUCAAGAUCCGCACUGUGGAUAUCGAUGGGAAAAAGAUCAAACUUCAGGUCUGGGACACGGCGGGACAGGAACGCUUCAAAACCAUCACCACAGCCUAUUACCGCGGAGCCGUGGGCAUCGUCCUGGUGUACGACAUCACGGACGAGAAAUCCUUCGAGAACAUCCAGAACUGGAUGAAAAGCAUCAAGGAGAACGCCUCGGCCGGGGUGGAGCGGCUCCUCCUGGGCAACAAGUGCGACAUGGAGGGGAGGAGGAAAGUGCAGCGGGACGCGGCCGAAAAGCUGGCCAAGGAACACGGGAUUCGCUUCUUCGAGACCAGCGCCAAGUCCAGCGAGAACGUGGAGGAGGCCUUCCGCACGCUGGCGCGGGACAUCCUGCACAAAUCCUUCUGCAAAGCCCCCCCCGGCAGCGGCAGCAGGGCCCUGCUGGAGCCCGGCCCCCCCCGGAAGGCCGGCGGGAGAUGCUCGCUGGGGUAGGGGCUCGGGAGCUCCCCGAGACCCCCGGGGCAGCGCGGGCGCCUCUCCGGAGGGAUCUGGGCGGGAAUCUGGGGGGAUUUGGGGCUGCCCCCCUCUCUCCUUGUGCCAUAAAGCCCCGCUGU